AUGCCUGAAGCAGGCAAUCUUGAAGCCGAACUCUCAGCGCUGCAGUUGCUGCUACGUCCCGAUGAGAUAAUAACCCCGGAUUCAGCGGAUUACCAGCCGAGCAUCCAGACGUGGGCGUCUCAGAAACAACUGAACCCUCGACUUGUAGUUCGGCCCACCUCUGUCGAAUCUCUGAGUAAGGUAGUCGCCUACCUAUAUUCCACGGAUCUGGAGAUUGCGAUUUAUGGGCAUGGUUUCAUGUCAUCCUCUUCAAAGGAUGCUCUCAUCAAUACAACCGCUUUGAAUGAUUUCCACUUCGACAAACACUCCGAGUUGCUGACCAUUGGCGCGGGUCAGACUUGGGAAGAGGUUUUCCGGAAACUGGGAGAAGUCGCGCCGGAUUAUGGGGUCGUGGGGGCCCGCACUCCCUGUGUAGGUGUAGGAGGUACCAUCAUGAGCGGAGGCUUUUCGUGGCUCUCCGCCGAGUAUGGAUGUAUCUCCGACCCAGCCAAUAUGCUGGAUGCCAAAGUUGUGAAGUAUGACGGUUCAAUUGUCUGGGCCUCUUCGGAACCGGAGCUAUUAUGGGCGCUCCGUCGGGGUGGAGGUGGCUUUGGUGUGGUAGCUCAGGUUGUACUCCGAGUAUUUCGAUACCCGCAGAACAUCUGGGCCGGCCCGAUUAUGAUCCCCCGUGAGAAGCUACAGGUGGUAGCGGAAGGCAUUGCACAGUUCACCUCCAAAACGAUUGAUCCAAAGGUCACCAUGUUUCUGUAUGUCGUCAAGAAACAAAUGUUGGACUCUAUUGGGGCAGAGUCAGAUAUGCUGCUAAUUCAUGCGUUCGAUGCUCAUGGUGAAGCCCAUGGCCGGGCCAGCUUCAAAUGGGCGCUGGACAUCCCCGGAGCGGUUGACCAAACCAAGAUAACUAACCUGAUAGGGGUCGCUAACUUGCAAGAUAAGGUGCUUACAGUUAAAGGUUCGAUGACACAGUUCUGGGCACCUUUAAUGCUACGCGAAGUCACCAAAGACACUAUAAUCAAUGCCAUAGAAUGGUCUGAAGACAUAGAACGCCUCGACCAAUCGCUCGGCGACUGUACCUUUCUCAUCUUCGAGUUACUGAGUUCGCGCGACCCAGCGGGAUCGACAGCGAGCUGUGCAUGGCCAAGACCUAUCGGGACAAAGCAUAUCCUGCUCAUUGCCACUGGAAGUCCUUCUACCGCUGGGAAAGACAAAGAACAUCUUGCGCGAGCUCUCGCUAUUCAUGCAGCUUCUAAAAUCUUAGGUGAAGAUGCCGAGAAGCAUUAUCUACCGAAUGGCUUCGAGGAUUUUCAUGAUCCAAAGAAGAUCUGGGGUUCCCAUUUCUCGCGGCUUCAGGAUUUGAGGAGGCAGUACGACCCCCGUAACAAAUUCAAGGGGGCUAUCAGUGCAUAA